UUGCAGGUAAACCUCUUCAUCGACGAUGCGACAAUUUCAGCAGCGACAUAACCUUUUCGACACUCUACAUCGCUACAGCAUGGUGGUUGGCAUUCUCUCAUGUCUGUUACAUGUGGCCUUCGAUGGCCUCGCAUCACUUCCACUACUGGUAGCAGUCUCUUACCUUAUGUGCGCUCAUUACGGAUGUUCUUCCCGUAACCGAUUUUCCAUCACCUACAUUCGUGAGGUGUGGGCAAAAGCCAAAACAAAGACGCUUCUCCGAGUUUUCUCCAUGACGGAAUUAUGUUUGCUGCGAAUAGUUUUCUUGUCAUUGCACGAAUCUAAAGUUGAUGAUACCAUAACCGUGUUUUUGGCAUACGUUCAAUUACUAAUCGCCUUCACCGACAACUUAAGCCUAUGUUGUGAGCUAGAGGAGUCUCGUUCGUCAAGACGACGAGGCCUUCGAUGGAACGAACGACCACAGGCUGCAGCUGCCGCAUGAUGGGCACAUUUACCUACUUUAUACAAAAUUUAUCACUCUUACAUCGUUCCCAACAUUGCCUCUACUUAUCCGUUCAGUACUAGGAACGGCCAAUGUUGAUGAUUUUUUGUAACAUAAUGAUUGUUUUCUGUGCUGCAGGGUUGUUCGGGUAUAAUUUUCUAGGUGCUCACGUCAAUCUACUAUGGGGUGUACAAAAUACCUGUGCUGUACAUAAUCUUGUGAUCAUCGCUUAUAAAUAAAUAUAAAACCUGUG